AUGGCUGACUCGACUCUCCCCAAUCGUCCCAAGCCCGAGGAGAGCUCUGCUGCUCCUGUAACGGAAAACGCCCCAGCUGCAGAAGGAGGUGCCGCUGCCCCUAGCAAGAGCGCACUCAAAAAGGCCGCCAAGGAAAAAGCUAAAGCUGAAAAGGCUGCUGCUCGAGCUGCUCAGGAACAAGCUCAGCGAGCUGCCAGCGCAGCAUCAGAUACUGCCGUCGGAUUGUACGGCAAGCUUCCAGAAACCGAAGACUUCGUACCAGCAAUCGACUUUUUACAAUUAGGAGAUGAGCAUUAUGAGAAGGAAGUCACUGUUGUUGCACGUGUCGACAACACCAGAUCACAAAGCGCCAAGCUCGGUUUCCUUACACUCCGACAAAAGGGAAAGAAACUUCAGACCGUUGUCGCCGCACCCCAAGAAGGACCAGUUUCACGGCAAAUGGUGAAAUGGGUCACUGGACUUAGUGUGAACUCUAUCGUACAGGUCACUGGUGUGGCAAAGAAGCCUGACGUCCCUAUUGCAUCGGCAACUCUGACAUUAUUGGAACUACACAUUAGAAAAAUCUAUAUCAUUUCUGAAGCAGCCGAACAGAUCCCCCUGCAAGUGAAGGAUGCUGAGCGGCCGCCACCGCUCUCCGAUGGCAUUGAAGGGGAGCCCGAGCUCGAUGCCGAAGGUAUUCCUCUCGCCACACUCAAAACCCGCUUGGAUAACCGUGUGAUCGACUUGCAAACCGAAACGAGCCAGGCUAUUACAUGGAUUUCUAGUGGCGUUGCGCAAUUGUUUACAGAGUACAUGUUGAAGAGCGGUGCGCGCUGGAUCUUCUCAUCAAAGCUGAACGGAUCGUCAACAGAAGGUGGAAGCGAAGUUUUCGAAGUGAAAUACUUCAAGAAGAAGGCAUACCUUGCUCAGAGUCCACAACUCCACAAGCAGAUUUGUAUUGCCGGAGACAUGGACAGCGUUUUUGAAGUCGGUCCUGUUUUCCGUGCGGAAGAGAGUAAUACCCACCGUCAUUUGACAGAGUUUACUGGUCUUGAUUUCGAGAAAACAUUUCGCCAUCAUUACCACGAGGUGCUCGAGUUUGCCGAAGAAUUGCUUGUGUUUAUCCUCACUGAGCUCAAGACGCGCUACAAGGACGAGAUUGCCGUGAUCCAAAAGUCAUACCCGAAAGCAGGCGACUUCAAGUUGCCCAAAGAUGGCAAAGCUCUUCGUUUGAACUACAUGGAUGGUGUGGCAUUGUUGAAAGAAGCCGGCGUAGACACCUCGGAACAAGAGCGAUUUGAGAACGACUUCACCACUGCUAUGGAGAAGAAGCUGGGACAAAUUAUCCGUGAGAAAUACGACACCGACUUCUACGUUCUCGAUAGGUUCCCUAUGGCAGUUCGUCCUUUCUAUACAAAGGCCGACCCCAAGGAUCCCACGUACUCUCAUUCAUAUGAUUUCUUCAUGCGUGGCGAGGAGAUCAUGUCGGGAGCUCAGCGUAUUAACGACGUCAAGGAGCUGGAAGAAAGUAUGAGAAAGAAGGGAAUGGACCCCACGGCAGAAGGCUUUGAAGACUAUUUGAAUGCUUUCCGACAGGGAUGCCCUCCACACGCUGGUGGAGGUCUCGGCCUAAACCGUAUCGUGAUGUUCUUUUUGGGUUUACCCAACAUCCGACUGGCUACUCUCUUCCCCCGUGAUCCUCAGCGCUUGCGGCCGUAA